GUUUCUCUUUCGAAAAAAAAAAAAAAAACUAUAGAUGUCUGGAUUUAAUAAAAGAAGAAGAAAUAGUGGUGAUGGUGCAAGCCAAGACGGUGGCGAUUCACCUGAACCUUCUUCCUUGUUCCCUUCUUCCCCUGCACCCUUUUUUUCUGAAGCAGAGUACAGAAAUGAGCAAGAAGAUCUUGUGGAUGAUGAAUUGAAUGACUCUGAUAACGGUGACAUUGAUAUUUUCCAAGACGCCGAAAGAGAUUACGCUGAAAAUGACGUGCUCGAUAACUAUGAAACCGAAGGCGUAGAUGAUAGACAUUAUGAGCCUAUUGAUUUAGGAGCUCGUAACGCGUUAGACAAUAACCUGAACAAACGUGAUGUUGAAAUUAGAAGAAGAGAAGGACGUGUCGCAGGUGCUUUUAUUCAUGGUUUAGAUGAUGAUAUUGAUGAUAGUUUACCUAAUGUCAGAAGACAUCGUCAUAUGUAUGAUGCACAAAACGUGGAUGUAUAUGAAGAUGGUGUGCCUGAGAUGACAUUAAACGAUCUUCGUAACAUUAAAGACAAAUCUAUCGCUAUCUGGAUUACAAGAGAAGCUGUUCGUAGAGGUAUCAAGAGAGAAUUCCGUGACUUUUUACAAACUUUUGUCGAUGAGCAUGGUACAUCUGUUUAUGGUGAACGUAUUAGAGAUAUGGGUGAACGCAAUAAGGAAUCAUUUGAAGUGAAUUACGAGAAUUUAGCAGACAGCAAAAUCAUUUUAGCCUACUAUUUAUCCAACUCACCUAUCGCCAUGUUAAAGAUUCUUGAUGAAGUGGCUUUAGAAGUUACUUUGAUGCAGUUCCCCGCAUACGAACGUAUUCAUCGCGAAAUUCAUGUCCGCAUCACAGAUUUACCCCUCAAAAACACAUUACGUGAGUUAAGACAAUCUCAAUUGAAUUGUUUAAUUCGUGUAUCAGGUGUCGUCACCCGCCGUACUGGUGUCUUCCCUCAAUUGAAGUGGGUUAAAUACAACUGUGGUAAAUGUUCAGCACUUCUUGGUCCCUUUUAUCAAGAUAUCCACAACGAAAUUAAGAUCAACACAUGUCCUAGCUGUCAAAGCAAAGGUCCUUUCAAUGUAAAUAUGGAACAAACAGUCUAUCGUAAUUAUCAGAAAUUGACGAUUCAAGAAUCUCCCGGUACGGUUCCACCCGGUCGUCUACCUCGUCACAGAGAAGUCAUCUGUCUCUGGGAUUUGAUUGAUCAAGCCAAGCCAGGAGAGGAAGUCGAAGUGAUUGGUGUUUACCGUAAUAAUUUCGAUGCUUCACUCAGUACCAAGAAUGGUUUCCCUGUAUUCGCAACCAUCAUUGAAGCCAAUUUCAUCAACAAGAAGGAAAAUAUGUUUGCUGCUUAUCGAUUAACAGAAGAUGAUACCAAGCAGAUUUUAGCCAUGGGUAAAGAUAAACGUAUCGGUAGAAAGAUCAUGAAGAGUAUAGCUCCUUCUAUCUACGGUCACGAUGAUAUCAAAAGAGCUAUUGCUUUAGCCAUGUUUGGUGGCGUACCUAAAAAUAUUCAAGGCAAGCAUGUGAUUCGUGGUGAUAUCAACAUCUUGAUGUUGGGUGAUCCCGGUACUGCUAAAUCACAAUUCCUCAAGUAUGUUGAAAAGACCGCCCAUCGUGCUGUCUUCACAACAGGUCAAGGUGCAAGUGCUGUAGGUUUGACUGCCUCUGUUCACAAGGAUCCUAUUACCCGUGAAUGGACACUUGAGGGUGGUGCCCUUGUUUUGGCUGAUCGUGGUGUUUGUUUAAUUGAUGAGUUUGAUAAAAUGAACGACUCGGAUCGUACAUCCAUUCACGAAGCCAUGGAACAACAAUCUAUCUCUAUUUCAAAGGCUGGUAUCGUUACCACACUUCAAGCCAGAUGUUCUGUCUUGGCUGCUGCUAAUCCUAUCCGUGGUCGUUACAAUUCUUCCAUCCCAUUCUCUCAAAAUGUCGAGUUAACAGAACCCAUUUUAUCUCGUUUUGAUGUUCUUUGUGUCGUAAAGGAUUUGGUUGAUCCCGAACUUGAUCAUAUCUUGGCCACCAACGUUAUUGGAAGUCAUAUCCGUAGUCAUCCUCUUCAUAAUCAAACAGAUGCCAAAUUCGCACAACCAAGAGAAAAUGAUGCCGAUAUUAUCGAUCAAACACUCUUAAAGAAAUAUAUCAUGUAUGCUCGUGAAAAGAUUCAACCUAAAUUACAACAAGUGGAUGAAGAUAAAUUGUCUCGUCUUUACUCUGAAUUAAGAAGAGAAUCUCUCGCCAGUGGUAGUAUUCCUAUCACCGUGCGUCAUCUUGAAUCCAUGAUUCGUCUCGCUGAAGCCCACGCCAAGAUGCAUUUAAGAGAGUAUGUUCGUUCCGACGAUGUGGAUAUGGCUAUCCGUGUUGCAUUGGAUAGUUUCAUUAGUGCACAAAAGUUCAGUAUGAUGAAGAUUCUUCGCAGACGUUUCAUGAAGUUUAUCAGAAACUCUCGUGAUGAUCAUGAAUUGUUACUUUCUACAUUAGACGAAAUCUUUAUUGAAAAGCGUAAAUUAUAUCAACUUCGUAACAAGCGACUUCCUACCGAAUUACACUUGACUCUGGCCGAAUUCGAUAAUAAGGCCAGUUCAUUGAACAUUCAAGAUACUCAAUCUUUCUUCCACUCUGAACAAUUUGAGAGCAAUAGAUAUUCAUUGAACACUACCAAUGGCACUAUUGUUAAGCAAUAUUUUUAAUUUUAAUUUUAAUAAAAAAAAAU